UUUAAUUAGUUCUAUUUUGUAAUGCAAUUCCGUGGUAAUAAUACUCUAUGUGCUUUCCAUAAAUGCUACGUUACGGUUACGGUUACGGAUGCGCAUUGACUUUGCCGCUUCAUUCUUUUGACCAAACCAGUUCCAUAGCUUCAUCUCUAAACCAUCCGUCCACAGAGUGUAGGAUUGAGAUUGAGACUGAGACUGAGAGCUGAAGUUUAUUGAGCCGUGAAAAUGGAGUUUGAAGAGCUCAGACAGGCGAUAGAGGAGGUUAUGAUGGUCGACGCUCACGCUCACAACAUCGUCGCUCUUGAUUCCUCCUUCCCUUUCAUCAAUGCCUUCUCUGAAGCUGCCGGCGAGGCCUUAUCCUUCGCUCCUCACUCUCUCUCCUUCAAGAGGAAUUUGAGGGAAGUAGCUGAAUUAUAUGGCUGUGAGAAUUCCUUGCAAGUUGUUGAAGAGCAUCGCAUAUCUUCAGGUUUGGAGUCCAUUAUGGUUAAAUGCUUUAAAGCUGCAGGAAUCUCUGCAGUUCUCAUUGAUGAUGGAUUGAAGUUGGACAAGAUGCAUGAUGUUCAGUGGCAUAAGAAUUUCACUCCAUUUGUUGGUAGAAUACUGCGAAUUGAACGCUUGGCUGAAGCAAUUCUGGAUAAAGAGUUGCUAGAUGGAUCAACUUGGACAUUGGAUAAGUUCACUGAAACCUUUAUGGAGAACUUGAGGUCAUCUGCUGAUAAAAUAGUUGGCUUGAAAAGCAUAGCUGCAUAUCGUAGUGGCCUAGAAAUCAAUACAAAUGUUACUAGAAAAGAUGCUGAGGAAGGUCUUGCUGAAGUUUUACAUGCUGGCAGACCUGUUCGCAUAAUAAAUAAAAGCUUUAUUGACCAUAUUUUCACACAUAGUUUGGAGGUUGCUCUACAGUUCGACUUGCCCAUGCAGAUACACACAGGUUUUGGGGACAAAGAUUUGGAUCUAAGAUUGUCCAAUCCCCUUCAUCUCCGAAUGCUUCUUGAGGAUGAGAGAUUUUCCAAUUGUCGUAUCGUUCUUUUGCAUGCAUCAUAUCCUUUUUCAAAGGAAGCAUCAUAUCUAGCCUCAGUUUAUCCUCAGGUGUACCUUGACUUUGGCUUGGCAGUUCCUAAACUUAGUGUCCACGGGAUGAUAUCUUCACUCAAAGAACUUCUGGAGCUUGCUCCAAUCAAUAAGGUUAUGUUCAGCACUGAUGGCUACGCAUUUCCUGAAACACACUACUUAGGUGCAAAAAAAACACGUGAAAUCAUUUUUUCUGUGCUACGUGAUGCAUGCUGUGAUGGUGACCUCACAGUUGAUGAAGCUAUUGAAGCAGCUAAAGACAUCUUAGCACGAAAUGCAAUUAAGUUAUACAAGAUUAAUAUAGAUGCAAAAGCAUUUAAUUCGAAGGAUAUUUUAUCUUGGAACUCUAUGAACAUUGACAAUAGUUCUUUGGACAAUGGUGUUUCACUUGUUCGUAUCCUAUGGGUUGAUGCAUCGGGACAACAUAGAUGCCGUGUUGUUCCUUUAAGACGCUUCAACGAUGUUGUGAAGAAAAAUGGUAUUGGUUUGACUUUUGCGAGUAUGGCAAUGACUUCAUCUGUUGAUGGUCCAGCAGAUGAAACUAAUCUGACUGGAGUGGGUGAGAUUAGACUGAUGCCUGAUUUAACAACUAAACGGAGAAUCCCAUGGAUGGAAGUGGAGGAAAUGGUUUUGGCUGACAUGCAUCUUAGACCUGGUGAAGCAUGGGAGUAUUGCCCAAGGGAGGCCUUACGAAGGGUUUCAAAGGUUCUGAAAGAAGAAUUUAACUUGGUAAUGAAUGCAGGAUUUGAAAAUGAGUUUGUGCUCUUAAAGCAUGUGGCGAAGGAAGGGAAAGAAGAAUGGGUGCCAAUUGACUCAGCACCGUAUUGCUCUGCAUCAGGAUAUGAUUCUGCUGCCCCUAUAUUUCAUGAAGUUGUUUCUGCGCUUCAAUCAUUAAAUAUUAUCGUGGAGCAGUUACAUGCAGAAGCUGGGAAAGGCCAGUUUGAAAUGGCCUUGGGGCACACAGCAUGUACACACUCUGCUGACAACCUGAUCUUUACCAGAGAGGUUAUUAGGGCUAUUGCAAGGAAACACGGACUACUAGCAAGUUUUGUACCUAAGUAUGCACUGGAUGACAUUGGUUCUGGAUCCCAUGUUCAUAUCAGCUUGUGGCAGAAUGGAGAAAAUGUUUUUAUUGCAUCUGGUGGUUCCAGUAGGCAUGGAAUUUCAACUGUUGGUGAGGAGUUUAUGGCAGGGGUUCUACAUCAUCUUCCUUCAAUUUUGGCUUUCACAGCACCAGUUCCAAAUAGCUAUGAUCGAAUACAACCCAACACAUGGAGUGGGGCAUACCAGUGCUGGGGAAAAGAAAACAGGGAAGCUCCAAUAAGAACUGCUUGCCCACCUGGGAUCAAGGACGGUCUUGUUAGCAACUUUGAAAUUAAAUCUUUUGAUGGAUGUGCAAAUCCAUACUUGGGCUUGGCUGCUGUACUUGCAGCAGGCAUUGAUGGCCUCAGAAGGCAUCUUUCUCUGCCUGCACCUGUUGACACCAAUCCUUCUUACUUGGAUGGAAAACUAAAUAGAUUGCCCAAAUCACUUUCUGAGUCUCUAGAAGCUCUGAAGAAAGACGAUGUCUUGGAGGAUCUACUCGGGAAAAAGCUUAUGAUUGCUAUAAAAGGAGUACGCAAGGCGGAGAUUGACCACUACUCGAAGAACAAGGAGGCGUACAAGCAAUUGAUACACCGCUAUUAAAGUAUGUUACUGUUUUAACGAUCUUUUUCUUGGUAGAAACUCUUCUAAUGCUUGUCCAACUCAUGCAUGAAUCUAUAUAAUGGAGCAUUAAUGUAAAAUAAAGGGAAAAGAGCUUACCUAAUGGCUAUUCCUUACACUAAAAGAAUUUAACAAAUUAUAAACAGAAUUUCUAUUACAAUUUUACGUAUGGAAAUAAUAAAUACAUUUUAUUUA